UAUCUCGUAUAAGUCCAUUGCAUACUGGAACCGGGUGGUCCCUGUAUUAAGCCUAUGGGAGUGAGAGAAUUCAGUAGUCCACGGGUUAACAACAUAAUACCCGCGAGGCUAGACUAGACUGCGCGCGCUCGCUGCUUAAUGCAGUAAUAGCGUAUAUAGCCAGGCGGCCAUGCCAUGCCAGGCCUUGUACGUAUGUACUACUAUUAAGUUACGUCUACGGUAGAUCGACUGAAUUCAACCAGAAGUUGCCGGUUGCAAUCGCGAGGAUUGAAGCGUGUUCUUCGGCAACACUGAGGCAGCAUUUGAGAAGAAAUAUCCCUCAGGCUCAGCUCACCAAUUGAAGGACAAGGACAAGGGUUCUAUCCAGAGUUUCCAAGCACAAUUUUUGUAGGGUGUUUUCUGCAGCUGUGACCCAUGCAUACACACCCUAGCCUCCAGCACAGCAUUGACCACCCAGCUAAUCUCAUUCAGGUUCCUUCAUACAUAUGCUCUGGCACAUCGACAUCAGAUUGAUUUCCAAUAGUCGGUUGACUUGGUGGGAAAGCUUAGAACUAAUCAAAGCCAAGAUCAGCAUUAGCAUCAGCGUCAGCAUUCCACUGAACACAGUCAAUGGCUGGCCGUGAUCAUUUGAUCAGUUUGUACUUUAACCUGGGAAUGUCCUAUAAGGAAAUCAUUUAUAUCUUAGCACAAGAACAUGGCAUAGAACUUAGUGAAAGACAUCUCAAGAGGAUAUUAGCUCUGAAUAACUUUCGUCGCCGACAUUACACUAACUUAGCUGAUGUGGUACAGUUUAUUGAGCAUGAGCUUCAAGGGUCAGGUCAGUUGCACGGAUACCGCAUGAUGCAUGCUAAAUGCAGACAGAAUGGUAUGCAUGUGAGAAAGGAGGAUGUUCGUGUCAUUUUAAAGUAUCUGGAUCCAGAAGGCGUAGCAGCCAGAACAGCUAGACGACUAACCAGACGUUCUUACUUUGCUAAAGGACCAAAUCAUGUGUGGCACGUUGAUGGAUAUGAUAAACUAAAGCCGUUUGGAUUAUGCAUCAGUGGAUGCAUAGAUGGCUAUUCACGAAAAGUAAUGUGGUUGAAUGUGUAUAAUACAAACAAUGAUCCAAAAUUAGUAGGAGGAUACUUCUUGGAAACUGUUAUGGAAUGUGGUGGCUUCCCUUGCAAAGUUCGUGCUGAUCGUGGCACCGAAAAUGGACACAUUUGUGCCUUUCAAAACUUCUUUCAUCAUAAUUAUGACUUAGAACGAAGAGUGUACAUCGAAGGAUCAAGCACUAGCAAUCAAAGGAUUGAAUACUGGUGGGCAUUUUUGCGGAAGGAAUGUACACAUUUUUGGAUUGAGACCUUCAGAAGGCUGUCAGACAGAGGGGACUUCACUGGAGACUUUCUAGACAAGAAUCUUGUUCAGUUCUGUUUCAUGAGCAUUCUACAGACAGAGCUAGACAAGAUGGCUGAUAUAUGGAACAAUCACCGUAUCCGACCCUCUGUGAAUCUCCAUGUACCAAGUGGCCAUCCAAUGAUGAUGUAUCAUACUCCACAAAUCUGGGGUACUGAAGAUCAGCUUUGCACCAAUGUUGAUGAUGACGAUCUGGCUGCAUGCAUAAGUGAUGCUGUAUUCCGAUCUACCGUACCAUGCGACAAAGAUGUAUAUGACUUGUGUGUGUAUAUUAUGAAAAGAGACAACCUUGAUCAACCAAUGGAAGUCCAGGAUGCCUUAGAAUUGUACAUCCAUCUGAAGCAGGAGAUUACUGUGUUGCUUUAAAUAUAUGCAUUCAGGAAAUUAAGCUGAAACCCCUGAAGCAAAAUAUAUCUUAACCCUCAAUAGCCCGGGGGGGGGGGGGGGGGGGGCUAA